GCCACCACCUCAGCGAGCGGGAGGAGGAGGAGGAGGAGGAGGAGGAAGGGAAAGAGGGAGGGAGGCAGGUCCGGUGGCUCUCUCGGGUACCCCCAGCGGCGAGGGAAAAAGAUGGCGACGCUGGGAGGCGAGUCGCAGCCCUUCCCCGCCGCUGCUCUGGCGGUGGCAGCGGCCGGGGUGGGCGGCGGCGGCGGCGGCGGCGGGUCGCUGGGUUUGCAGGCGCCGCUGAACCGCGGUCUGGAGCGGGCGCUGGAGGAGGCGGCGCACUCCGGGGGGCUCAACCUGAGCGGCAGGAAGCUGAAGGAGUUCCCGCGCAGCGCCGCAGCCCUCAGCCACGACCUCUCCGAUACGGUGCGGGCAGAUUUAUCCAAGAAUAGAUUAACAGAGGUUCCUACGGAGUUGUGCCAUUUUGUGUCACUGGAAACACUAAAUUUAUACCACAAUUGUAUUAAAAUUAUACCAGAUGCCAUAGUAAACUUGCAAAUGCUAACUUACUUAAAUUUGAGUCGAAAUCAGCUUUCUUCUUUGCCAGCUUGCCUGUGUGGUCUUCCUCUAAAAGUCUUAAUUGCAAGUAACAAUAAGCUAGGUUCCCUUCCAGAAGAGAUAGGUCAGCUAAAACAGUUGAUGGAACUGGAUGUCAGCUGUAAUGAAAUCACAGCUUUGCCUCAGCAGAUAGGCCAGCUGAAAUCUUUAAAAGAACUGAAUGUCAGAAGAAAUUACCUCGAAGUUUUACCCCAAGAACUAGUACAGCUUCCCCUGGUAAAGUUCGACUUUUCCUGCAAUAAAGUGCUUGUGAUUCCAAUUUGUUUUAGAAAGAUGGUGCAGUUACAAGUAUUACUGCUUGAGAAUAAUCCUUUGCAGUCUCCACCAGCACAAAUUUGUACAAAGGGUAAGGUGCAUAUAUUCAAAUAUCUGACUGUACAGGCCUGUCAGAUUAAAACAGCAGACUCACUGUAUCUUAAUGCCAUAGAACAACAGCAUUUGCCACAACCCGUGGAAGAGAGCAUUGAUGACAUCUACCCAAGUAAAAAGGAUUCUGAUUCAGGUGUUGGUAGCGAUAAUGGCGAUAAACGUUUGUCAGCAACAGAGCCAUCUGAUGAAGAUACUAUCAGCUUUAAUGUUCCAAUGUCAGACAUCUUGGAAGAAGAUCAGGUUGUGAAGGAAGAUUCAGGUCACCAUGGAAACUCAAGAAAAGUGGAAUUCCAUCAAGGAUCUUCGCACUUGAUCGUCAAUGAUGAGUCAAGAGAAACAGGAAACCAGUUUGAUGAAUCGGAUACUCUUACUACUGAAUUUAUGAGUUAUAUUAAGAGCAGAGCAGCAGAGUGUGAUGAAUUAUUGAGAAUAGAAGAGGACACACAAUGGCAAACAGACGAAAUAAUAAAUUUAUCAGAAGAACAAACUAUUGAUAUGGUAAUGAUAGAACAACUAAGAGAAGCAGUAGAUUUAUUACAGGAUUCCAACAGAUUAAGCAUGGAUAUUUCAGAGAGCAGUGGUGUGAAUCUGUAUCCCAUGGAACCAGCAAGAGCUUUAGAAUUUCAGGAGUCUACAGUAAACGGUCAAAUGCAGAUGGAGAUGUCUUCCCUGGGUCAGGGAGAAAAUGCUGAAGAGGAGCUAGAAUUUCAGAGAAGGAGAGAGUUGAUUAUGGAGAAAACAAAGCCUGAAGUGAGAACUUGUGAACAGGGCGAAAAAUGGUCAUUGAGUCAGAACGAUCUAAUUGUUUGGAAUACAAGUGGGCAGACCUCUCACAAUGAGAACAAGGAUAAAAGUCCAACAAUGUCUCCUACUACAAAUGCCACAAUUCCUUUUGGCCUGAAGCCACGAUCAGCAGACCCAUCCCUCAGUCUUCCUCCUAUCUCCUUCAACACACUUACACAGGCACAAACAUGGGACAACUUUAGCUACAGUAUCCCAUCUGAAGGAGACAGUGACAAUGUGUUCUUAAGACCACAAAGAAAUUUGGAAUCAAUAGACCCACAAUUUACAAUUCGAAGGAAAAUGGAGCAGAUGAGAGAAGAGAGAGAGCUUGUGGAACAGCUACGUGAGAACAUUGAAACAAGACUAAAGAUUUGUUUACCUGAAGACUUGGGGUCUGCUCUGAUGGAUGGUGUAGUUCUCUGCCAUUUAGUAAAUCACGUUCGUCCUCGGUCUGUAGGAAGUAUUCAUGUACCUUCACCAGCAGUACCUAAACUUAGCAUGGCCAAAUGCAGGAGAAAUGUGGAAAACUUUCUGGAUGCAUGUAGAAAACUAGGGAUACCAGAGGAGAAGCUCUGCCUACCACAUCACAUCCUAGAAGAAAAGGGCUUGGUAAAAGUGAGCGUAACAGUUCAAGCAUUACUAGAUGUAACCACAGUGAAACAAGCUUUAUUCACAUGAAACUACUAAUCUCUGCUGUUCCCAGCUCCACUGUGCCAUCAAAGAAUCAAAAUACUGCCCAUCUUUCCAAACUGCAUUGGGGGGGGGGGGGGGGGGAAAAAAAAAAAAAAAAAAGCAGCAGUGUUUCAAGAGCAUUCUUAUACUUCUGAUUUAAAAAAUAAUCUUUCAGACUGUACGUGUGCGUCGAACUACAAACCAGAAACUAAACAGAAACAUUUUCUAGAGCAAAUGGGCGCUUCACUGCUUUUGUAGCUCACUUUGUACAGUACUUACUGAACCAGCCACCUCUCUGCCACUCAAAAACGUGUGGAGUGCACAGCCGUCUUGCAGCAAGAUACCUUCGUAUUAUUAAACUCAGAAUCAUUGUAAUCGUUUGGGGGGGGAGGCAGGGAGAGUAAAUAUCAGACUUCUACCAUCUUAGGGGGGUUUUUUUCUGCAGUUGCUUCAGGCUAUUGCCUUUUAAAAAUAUCCAGACGUAAAAUAUUUAUAUAAAUAUUAUUUAUUAGUGAGUUGUUAUUCAUCCUUUGGAUGCAAACUGUAAAUUAGGAAACUGUAUUUUAUUACUGCUUUUUUGUGGUUAAACACUUUAUUUUAAUAUAAAUAUUUAGUUAUUUUUUAUUCUACUUGGUGUGCAGUAGCUCUAGGUCUCCGUAAAUUGUAUUUUCUAAUAUGGAAGAUAAAAAGCAAACAAAAUAGGUGCUUUUAUUAAAAGAACAGCUAGCUGGAAUGGCAUUCUUUAUUUCUUGAAUUUGUGGAACAUUGGUAAAAAUCUGUCUGCAUUCCAUUGAGUUUCCUACAUUCCAGUAGCACCUUUCCCCCCACUAGACUCAAUUGGCUGAAACCGAGAGCACACCCAUUUUAUUUGUAUAUAGCUGUUUAAAAUAAAAAUGAAAGAUGUAAACUUGAAAAACAAAUGUGAACAAAUAUUUUUGAUUGCUUAUUUUACUAUGCACAAGACAUUUAACUUUUGCCACAACAAAAUGCGUGAUGUGCGUUAGGAUCAUGUGUCUUGAACUAUAAUUUUGCACUGUAACUUGAUUUCUUUGAAAGACUACAGCACUACAGAACAAAGAAUAAAAAAAAUAGCACAAGAACAUUAACGAGAUUUACCAGGUAGCCAAAAGAUUUUAAUUGUUUUCUUUAGGGAUUCCUUCAAGAGGAGAUGGCAUUAUUCAGAUUGCCAGAGGCAGUCUUGGAGAGCUGAUCUUCCAGGCCCAACCUGCUGGCUACCGUGCUUCUCCUUCUAGUCUCCAUCGUUUUCCCACAGAAUUAAGCACAAUGUUCCGCAGUAAACGCUUGCAGGAGCAGACCUCUCAUCCCACGUCAGCAAUAGGAAAUAAGGUUCUUUUUCUUAUCACUACUUUAAAGAGAUUUCCUUUUUUUUUUUUUUUUUUUUUUUGUGUUUUUGAAAGCAUCAUUUAUUAUUAAACCAUCCCACGUUUUGGAUCAAAAAGUUCCAGCCCAGCGAUUCUCGCGGUACGUGGAACAUCCAUUUUUCUUUCAGAGGAGAAGCUAGUGAUGGAACUUUGGGAAGCAGGACGGGAAAGCUGCAGGUGGUGAAGAGGCAAGGGGUCCGUGGUGCACACAGGCAGGUCGUUGGAAAUGCGUAAUGACAAAAAAAGAGGCAAUGGGGUGGGAGGACUAAAUAUUUAAGGAAGAGGAGGCGGAGAGAACUAUUGCGUAAAGACUUUGGGGAAGGCUGAUGCAAAGUUGCAAGUAGUACAUCGCCAGGCAGAGCUACACGCGCGUGCACACAGAUGCUGCGUCGAGAACCACCAGUACUGCAAUAGCACAUUUUUAAUGGUUAAUGCAGUAUUUGAAUGCAGACUAUGCGCUGUUAUACCACAAAUUGCCAAGGUGCUGGUAUGUGCCGGCGGCGGCAGCAUGUCAGGAGGAGGACAGUGGAGACAGUGAGACAUACGGUGUGCGUGGAGUAGCCAGUUACUUCAACCAAAGCAAAAGCGUUUAUUUUGUAGAGGGAACAUUGACUCAAAUUGUAAUUUCCGAUUGGCAGCUAGCAUAUUGUUUCCUACAAAAUGUACUGUGCACUUUAACACUAAAUUAAAAAAAUGUAUUUUAAUAUUUCACAGAGCUGCACAAAUAUCUGUUUUGUCGAAAAGCACGAGCAAUGUAAAGAAAGUAAGUUUUCAAGUCAGAGUUUAUCAAAUUUUAAAAGCGUUCAAAGAUCGAGUAUAAAAAAUAGGAAUAUUGAUUUCUGCAUCUUGAGGGAUAAAAUGCAGGUUUCCUGAGUAUUUUUUUACAAUGUAUAUAUGGUAACAUGAAGCUUUGUAAUUAUUAUUUUGACAAAUCUUGUUUUUUCAUAAUUAAAAUUUUGGUUUUCUCCUGAUAGUGUCUUUCAGUAUUUGCUUGAAGUUGGCUGUAAAUAAAUAGCUCUAAGUAUUUUGUAAUACAGCUUUUUUUUAUGCAGUCUUAACCUGUACGGCUAAAAAGAGAAUCUUCAUGAAUCUUUGUACACUAUUUAUAUGUGCAAUAAAACAUGCAUGGCAAACCUA